AUGUACGGCGAUGGAGAGGGCGCAGUGUGGGACCGGGUGGGACGGCCCCACCGGGACUGCAUGUGCUACCUCGGACCUCCUACCACUCUGAUGCCUAUCGGGAUGCGCAAGUCUCCCGACGUGAGCCCUAGAAGGCUUUCGGACAUCAGCCCUCAGCUCAGACAGCUCAAGUACCUGGUGGUGGAUGAGGCCAUCAAAGAGGACCUCAAGUCCUCGCGCUCAGUUGAGGACAUCAACAGCGCGUCCAUAGAGGAGAGGAUUUUACGCAUCACCGGCUACUAUGGAUACCAGCCUUGGAGUACGAGCUACAAGAGAGAAGACCGGACCAGGGAGAACGUGGUGGGCACAACAGACUCGCAGUCGGCCGGGGCAGCUGGGUCAGAACCGGACAGACGGAGGCUCCACUGUUGCAUCAGAGUAACAGCCGUACAGGUGCGGAAGGCCCUGUGGGGGGUCGCCAUGGUCGUGUGCGUGUGCUCGUCCUGGGCGGGCUCCACCCAGCUGGCCAAGCUCACGUUUAAGAAGUUUGACGCCCCGUUUACCCUCACCUGGUUCGCCACCACCUGGAACUGCCUCUUCUUCCCCUUGUAUUACAUCGGCCACCUGUACAAGAGUCCGGAGAGGCAGACGCCCAAGCAGAGAUUCAGGGAGUGUUGCAGGUUUUUCGGGGACGACGGGCUGACACCCAAGGUGUUUUUCACUAAGGUGGCUCCCUUUGGCCUGCUGUGGAUCCUCACCAACUACCUGUACCUGCAGGCCCUCAGGAAGAUCAACACAACAGACGUGUCAGCACUGUUCUGUUGCAACAAAGCCUUCGUCUUUCUGCUUUCAUGGAUUGUACUCAGAGACCGCUUUAUGGGAGUCAGGAUAGUAGCAGCUAUCUUGGCCAUAGCAGGCAUUGUCAUGAUGACCUAUGCUGAUGGAUUUCACAGCCACUCUGUCAUCGGCAUCACUUUGGUCGUGGCCUCGGCUUCAAUGUCAGCACUCUACAAGGUGCUCUUCAAGAUGGUGCUGGGCAGUGCCAAAUUUGGAGAGGCAGCACUCUUCCUGAGCAUUGUCGGAAGCGCCAACUUUGUUUUCAUCAGCUUUGUGCCAGUCAUCCUGUAUUUUACACAUGUGGAGUACAUUGGCUCACUUGAAGACAUCCCCUGGGCGUAUCUCUGUGGGGUUGCGGCCUUGCUUUUCGCUUUCAACAUCCUGGUGAACUUUGGCAUUGCAAUAACGUACCCAACAUUAAUUUCUUUUGGCAUUGUCCUAAGUGUCCCUGUGAAUGCAUUGGUGGACUUCUUCACGUGUGAGAUCCAUUUUAACACCGUGCGCCUCAUUGCUGUGUUCAUCAUCUGUCUGGGUUUCCUCAUGCUACUGUUACCAGAGGACUGGGACCAGUGCAUCAUUCAGCUCAGUAUGAAGUUGCGCAAACGGGACGAGCCUGCCGAGGGCAAUGGGGAGGCCGGCGUCACUACUGGACUCAACUGGAGAGGAAGAGGCAGAACCUCCCUGUCAACAUUUGCACAUUGACUUCAUUCCAUAAAGAGGGAGGCUCAUUAACAAAUUCAAUAUGCCUGGUACUUUUAGUUUUGCACAGCUCACGCUCAUUUAGACUGACCCGUGAUCAGUAAUUCAGCCA